GCUGCAUCCCUUUUUGGGUAGGUCAGUCCAUGAGCUCUUUGCCAAUAAACAGCUCCUCCUUAAUUGUCAUUACCCACAGUCCAGAGAGGCUCAUUCUGUGUCACUUCACUGAGGGACUCACACAGCAACAGCUGCAUUGGACAAAUAGUUCACAUCAAUCUUUUAUCAGAGAGGAGGGUUAAGAUUUUUUUUUUCUCCAAAAAUGAUACAUGUCAGAGGGUUUGGGGAUGAGAAAUCCCAGCUACAUGAAUUGAACAACCGAUUGGGUCAGUACCUCUCCAGGGUAAGACAGCUGGAGGAAGAGAACCAGUUGCUGGUGGAAGAGAUACACAGACUUCGUCUGGAAAGGGGGGCAGAAUGGGCACAAGGGUACCAUGCUGAAAUAUUCCAGCUGAGGACAAAAGUGGAGCAGCUGACUGUGGAAAAGUGUGAGGCAGAAAUUCAGAAAGAAAAUCUGUGCCAGGAGCUGCAGACCCUCCAGGAGCUAUGGGAACAAGUGAGGGCCAUGAGAAUUGGCAUUGACAAGCAAUUGGCACUUUACAAGCAGGAUCUGCAGCAGGCAAGAAAUAGCCAGGCUGCCCUGGAAGAACUUUAUAUUCGUCUCCAGCAGGAAUGCCAGGUGCUCCAAGGCUCAAACUACCAGGAGCUCCUGGAGCUGAGGGAACAGGUACUGAAGGUUCCACUGCAUAUUGCCAUGCAUGAAACAGGGAGCCCCAGACUCAGCUUGCAGGAUAUACAAAGUAUCUCUCUGGAGCUCUCGCAGUCCUGGAAAGAUUCCUUUCUGCUCUAUCAGAAGAAAAUUGAGGAAAUGGAGAAUCAUCUGAGGCUGGGUGAGGAGGAAAGGCAGGGGGUGGAAGAGGAGACCAGGGUCUACAGCCUUCAGGUGGUGGAGUUGCGCAGAGAGUAUGAGGAGCUGAUGGGCAUCCAAAAGAUGUUGCAAGAAGAGCUGCUGAGGAUGAAGGAGAAGUAUAGACUAGAUGUACAAGAAUAUCAGGUCAGUGUGCUGUCACCAGUGGUACAGGGAAACUAAACAUGAAUUUUAUUUAACUUAAAUUUAGAACUGUGCAAGCUUGAACCAUGUGAUUGGCAAGGGUGUUUAAUGGGAUAAGCAAGGAUAUUCUCUGCUUUUGCACAGGUAACCAUUUUGGUUUUGACCAUUGUUUAAGGUCAGAUACACUCUAUAAACAUUCAGUACUUAUCUAAUAAUGAUGCAGGUGGAGAUUAUUUAUUAUUUAUUUUCUGCUGUUUUAUCUCAUUCCUUGACUGGAUUGUAUUCCUCUCCUCAUUUUGUUUACUUUCUCUUGAAAGUUCUAAUGAACUGUGAGAAUCAACCACAAAGCACCUUCACUUUGUCCAAGGACUUUAUAUAGUUUAUGUAAUUAACUGUAUGGCCUUGAUUUAAUUAUUUUGGAUGAGCUUUACAAAUGAUGACAGUCUUCUAGAAAAUAAAAUGUUUUAUAAUGAUAUAUCUAGACUAGUCACAAUUAAACCUAACAAAUCUUUGUAGGUAAAUCAUCUGAAACGUUUUUUUCUUGCAGAUAAGCUUAUAGCAAUAGAAUUACAUGAGGCCUAUGUUAGUAGAGUUGUUGCAUUAUCCAGUUUUAGGUCUUCAACCUUAUUUUUGCAUUAAAAACUCCUAUGUGGUCCACAUCCUCUGGCAUUCAGUAAGUUCAAAUAGUCUACUCUAACCAGCAUUGAACACAAGGAAAGUAAGUGAAAAAAGUUCAAACCUCUUUAUUAUACAUUGGGGUGCAAUGUGGAGGUCCCCAGAAAUGACAAAAAGAUACUAGUUCAUAUUAAGUUUCCUGUUAAGAAACAUGUGUGAUAUUUCAUGUAAAUGCUUAGGAAACGGUUUCUCCCCUGUGGAUCUAGUGCGGACGUAAACAGUUAUUCAGUAAGGUGUCAAUUUCCAGGAAUUCAAUUAAAAUUUUAGCCCAAAAUAUCUGAAAUCAAAAAAUUGUCAGUUAUGUUUUUGUUUUGCUUUUUUAGACUAUAUUUGAAAUUCCGUUUGCGUUCUCCAGCUCAUCUUCAACUGCAAUUCUACCACUUUCAAUCAUCAUGUUUGUCACACCUAUAAACAUUAUGUUCUUCACCAUAACUCAAACAUAAUACUAUUGUAGAUAUAUUUAAAGGAAUACAAGGUCACCUUUUAUAGCCAUAUUUCUGUUUGGUUUCAGUGAGUUGUUGUACUUUUUUUGCAAUUUACAAAAUUGUAGACUGCGUAACUAGAUGCAUCAUUUACAAUUCUUAAUGUUGAAGUGACAGUUUCUUUUAAAGGAAGACUCUGCACACCAAAAGAACUGAAAUGGUUAUUCCAAACUUAUUUAAAAGUUUCAAAAGUUUCUCUAUUUUAGCUUUAACUGUACACAAGUACACUUAUGCCUCCUCCCUCCGUUUUCUUAUCAAAUUACGUUCUCCAACAUCACAGAGAAGCAUUGUUGGACCUUGGGCACAUGCACGCCAAGCACCGUGACCUGCCUAUCAGUUUCUUCUGAUAGAGAAGCAUUCAAUCCAGAAGCAGUGAAUACAACACCACACUUGCAUGCGGUGUGUGCAUUCACAAGCAGCUAGAUGAGCUGAGUAACAGCACAUCUCACCUUUAAAACCUGCUAUUUCACAAUUCGUCAAGGAGGGGAAGGUGCGAGGGCUGUACAGAGGGUGGUGGGGGUUGGACAAGUAAUGGGGAAAAGCUAUAAAAUAUAACACAGGGAAAAGAGAAAGGCUACGAGGGCUGGCAUAAAGAAGAUAGGGAGGAAUAUUAGAUUAUGCCAGUUAUAAAUACUUUGUGCGUGCUGCUUACAAGGGAAGAAGCUCAUCGUGACUGUCGCCAGCGAGCAGUGUGUGCUAAUUACGGACUGUUUUUUGCACAGAGCUCACAAGAGUCAGUCUGGAACAGAAUUCUGGGUGACAAAGUCAUGUGUACUCGAUGUGUAACUACUCUGUGGCACAAAUAGACAGAUCACUCUGUGAAGACAGUGUUUCAAGCUGAAACGUUGCACAUACGGAAUGCUGUUACCGAGACCCCUUCUUAACGUAGAACUGGCAUUGGAGUUUGGAGAAACCCUUUAAGGGCCACAACUCUCAUAUUCACAACACAUAUUCCCGAUUGGCAGAUAAUCAGUACAGUUAAGCCAAUAACAUAAGUGUGAACUGAGAUGCUGACUUGAUUUCACCCAUACCAAUCACUGCCCUCUUCUUAUCCCUUGUAUCUGACUACUCGCACUACCAUAGAAAGAACUCACUAUUCUUUGGGGGUCAUGCUUUCACACUAUGCACAUCUACACAGAGUACUAUGGUUAUCUCCUAAUUAUUGAUCUCCUAAUUAGUGUGAAUUAACCCUCCUUCUCAAACUUCUAACCUCUAUGUUCAUGUUUACCAGAGUUUUCUUAUCUGAAAAAUUAUGUUACCAUUUCCUGUUUCAUCUUGGUUAUUGUUAACUUUUACAGUUUUUUCAAGCAGAAAUAAUGCACAUAUUGACUUCUACCACUUAAAGCAGAAGUGGUCAUGGUGGUUGGAAUAACCCUUUGAAGGGACACUAUAGUCACAAAACAACUUUAGCUUAAUGAAGCAGUUUUGAUACAUAGCUCAUGCCCUGUAAUCUCACUGUUCAAUUCUCUGCUAUUUUAGAGUUAAAUCACUUUGCUUAUGUUGCCCCAGUCACAACUCCUUGCAUGUGACUUAUACAGACUUCCAAAACUCUUCCAGUAAAGUAAUAUCUAAUAUUUACACUUCCUUUGAAAUGUUGUUUUAUUUAGAAUUUCUUAUCUCCUGCUCUGUCAGUAGCUUGCUCGAUUCUGCAGGAGUCUCCUGUUUUGCAAUUAAAGUUCAAGUUACAGAGCAGGAGAUACAAACUUAAAGUAAGUUAUAUCUUAUUGAAAAUGAAACCAUUUUGUUUUCAUGCAGGUUGUGUCACUCACAGCCAGGGGAAGUGUGGCUAGGGCUACAUAAACAGAAACAAAGAAUGGUAAAUUGGCAUGCAUAAGCAGAGACUUGCGAGGGGCAGAUAUGGGAAGAGGCUGAUAAGGGGGCAAUAUGAAGCAGAGGCUGUUGAAGGAAGAAAUAGAGAACAUAGGCUGAUGAAUGGGCUAGUAGAGAGCAGAGGCUGGUGAAUGAGCUAGUAGAGAGCAGAGACUGGUGAAUGAGCUAUUAGAGAGCAGAGGCUGGUGAGAGAGCUAGUAGAGAGCAGAGGCUGGUGAAUGAGCUGGUGAGAGAGCAGGCAUGGAGGAGAGAGAAGUAGGGGUGUAGAUGUGGGAUAGACUGAUAAGGGAUAUGCUGAUGACACUGCAGGUGUGGGGGUAAUAAGAGACAAAAAUGGGGGAGGGCAGGGGUAGAAUAGAUGCAUGAAAGACACCAAUGAAGAGACAGGUGGUUGAAGACCAGGGAGAAGUGGGAUGGUAAGAGAUGGAGUUAGAUAUAAAUGGAAAGAACGGGUAAAGAGCUAUUACAAUCACAUACACUCACAUUCAGCAAAUCUCAACACACAUCACAUUCAGUCAACCACACAUAAAACACAAGUGCAUCAUACUCAGCCAACCUAACAACAUUCAGCCGACCAGACACACAACACACACAUUUCACACUCAACCACAUUGACUCAGAGUAGCUCUGCGAUAUAGUCUUGCACGCUGCACUUGGCUGAGGUAUACUGGUAUGCAGCGCUGUGGUACACUGAAACACCAUACAUUAUUGCUGCCUGUAUUGCUGAGGAGCUCCACACAUUACUGCGGACAUGACUGUUCUUGCUCUGCUAUAGUUAUCAUGAGCCCAUUGCUAGUCUUCAAUCAGUGGCAACUACUGGCCUUGGGGCAACACAGAGGGUAAAUUCAGACUUGUCCUUAACAUUUCAAAUGUACAAAGGAGAUGCUUUAGUUGUAGCUAGUGUGAGUGGGUGAUGUCCAGGGUUGAAGAUAUCCUAAAAAAAAUUGAGAAUUACUAAUAACAAUGUAUGCAACUAAAAUGUAAUUUAGAGCAAGAACAAUGUAUCCUAUUUGCACAGACUGACUUCUAAAUACAUUUAUUGUAGUUUAAAGACACAUUACUGUGAGUAUUAUUGCUUUGGAGCUCUGGUAUAAACUCAGAAACACCCAUAAUACUGAGCAUCUAGAAAAGCAGGGUAUUUAUAUAAAAUAGAAGGACAUAGCAAUUUCUACCCAAAAUGGGGACUGUCCCUUCUAAACAGGGACAGUUGGGAGGUAUGCCAUCCUUAUUGACUGGUGCAAAUUGUCCAUCAAAAACAAUGCGUCCCAUGACAGAUGCACUCAUAUUUGCCUAUGAGGCUUAUAGUGUUUAGUAUAUGAACCUUUAGUUUAGUAAUGUAUACAUCCCAUACCACCCUAAUGCAAAUUCUUAUUAAAUCAAGAUACAACACAGUAACACAUGGAUUAGCUCUGUCUGGCUACAAAAUAGCAAAGUACUGCAGUCAUUUCAUGCCAUACAUUGAUGUGCCAAGGCCCAUCAUUUGUUGCACAACGUAAAUAUUUGGAGUCUUUAAUGGGUCAACACAGAAAGAUCAUAGGUCUAAUGCUGGAUUUAGUUUCUUAUAAUCUAGCCUUUUAAAUCAAUCCUUUAGAAUACCACAUGUCUCAGCAUGUCUCAUAAAAUGUUACCGCUGACACUAAUAGUGUUCUUACUGUUCUGCCCGACCAAAGUAACGUAUGUGCAUGGUGUCACAUUGCACGGAGCAGACAUUUAGUCCCCUGCAUAGCACUUAUGUUUCUUUAUGAUGAUACAACAGUAGCACAAACACAUCUUCAAUAGUCUUUCUUAAAGUUAAAGGGACACUCUAGACCCCUAAGGUACUUCAACUUGCUGAAGUGAUUUAUGUUUGAAAAGUGUGUCCUCUUUUUUUCAAAAGUUUUCAAGGGGGUGCAGCCAAAACCGAGUAAAAGAGCAGAACACAGAAAAAAUUGAAAGAAAUGGAAUCCGUGUGAAAAUUAUUAUUAUUAUUUUAUUAUUUAUAUAGCGCCAUCAAAUUCCAUAGCGCUGUACAAUGGGUGGGUGUAAAAGGGAAUAAGAACCACCUCCACACUGAUCCCAUGCACCAAGAGGGCACUCCAGCAAUGCCCAAGGGCUUAACUCUAGAUACUAGCAACAGAAACAAAGAAGCAAAAAUUCACAAACUGAAUAUAAUGCUGGCUGGGGAUAAAGACGCAGGCACCAAAGCAUACAGUGGUAUGGAACAAUGUAACCAGAGGGAGACCACUAAAUAUCUGAAGGAACAGAAAGUAUGAACACAGAAAUAAACUAACUCCAAAUAAUAAAUAACGAACUAGCCUUAUAGGGCUACUCCCAUGCCUAAGUAAGUAAGGAGAUAAAGUUACUAAACACCGAAGCCUGCAAUAUUCAUAUAGGCUUUAUUAGUCCUGGCCCUUUAAUGCAUAGGGUGUUAGUAAAUCUCCCCUUAGUACCUAAGCACCAAAAAAAAGUGCUAAAGGGAGAAAGGUCACUGUCAAAAAUAUUGGCAGCCCUAAUAAUCAAAAGUAGACAGAUGGAUAGAGUAAAAUAAAGAAAGCCUCUCUCCUUGUGAGACUUAUUAAAUAGGCAUAGAAGAAAAAAUGUAAAUCAAAAAUCAUAACAAACUCCCAUGCCUAAGUAAGUGAGGAGAUAAAGUGCUAAACACCUAAAUCUGCAAUAUACAUAUAGGCUUAAUUAGUCCUGGCCUUUUAAUGCAUAGGGUGUUAGUAGAUCUCCCCUUAAUUCCUGAGCUAAUGCUAAAGGGAGAAAAGUUACUGUCUAAAGGAUCAGCAGCGCUAAUGAUCAAAAGUAGGACAAAUAAAGUAAAGUAAAGUAGAGAAAGCCUCUCUCCCUGUUAAACUUACUAAAUAGGCAUAGAAGAAACAAACUGAAAGGAAAAACUCAAAUCAUAACAAAAACGUGUUUUACACAGUGCAGUGAAGUGCCCAUGUGUGUGCAAGUUAAAUUUGACGCAUAGGUAAGAACCUGACGCGCGUUUCGGGGCAGUAUAUAUGCAGUUGCACCUAAGUCAGAGACUCAGGUCAAUGAGCAGAACACCAAUGACAUUGACACCUGUGAAAUUGUCUGAAUGAGCUGUAAAUUCUAAAUUUCAGUCAGUCCUAAAUUGCCAUGAGAUUGGGUUGACUAGACCCUAAGGGUUUUCUCAGGAGCUCUAAAUUUGCAGCCUGCAAAGAAGUUCUGUAAUGUGCUCAGAGCUGUCAAUUUCACCAUUAUUCAUGGCUUGUAGAAAGCAGCCUGAUUGAAGUGAUGUAUUUGUUGCAAGUAUUACCAGUCUCCUGAACAUUCCAAAGUGGUUUUGAUUCCAGGACAGCCUUGAUGCUCACCCAGGGUACGUUGUCAAACAGUUUGAACAGUUUGAUUAAUUGUCUACCAGGUGUCCGCUACGUCUUCUGUCCCAGAAUCUCCUACACAGAGCUCAUUGGAAGAGAGCACUCAGCUGACACUCUAAGCCAAAGCCUAAGCCAAGAGACUUGAUAAAGGUUCAGAGAGAAGCCGAAAUGUUGUCUCUACUUGUUGUUCCUAAUAAAAGACUGCCUUUUAGAAGAAACCUCAGGUAUGCUUGGAUAUUUGUCUUAUCUUCCACUCUAAGCCAAUGAGUCAGCCAUGCACUAUAGCAGUGGUUCCCAACCUAGUCCUAAAGUACCCCCCACCAGUCCAGGAUUUAGGGAUUACCCUGUUGUGUCUAAAGUGUUUUUCUUUUCUUUUUCUAGAAACACCUUAAACACAACUAUGUAGUCCCUAAGUGGACUGAGUUGGAAACCACUGCACUAUAGGGAUUAGCUCAGUGGAGUUUACAGAAGCUCCUUGCAAGAGAGUUAGCUCUAGAGCAGGCAGUGACUGGCUCUUUGCAGACCCCAGGUAAAUUCUCAAAACAUUUGACUACUUACAGAGGAGGGCACAGAUCAUUCCUGACACCAUAACCACAGUAGAGGACUCUAGUGGUAACAGUAGCUGGACUGUUCCUUCAAAGGUGUGCAGGAAAUCUUUAGACACAAGAACCUGCCGGGACAUGAAGAAGUGAUCAUUGUAAUUGCUUCUGUCCAUCAGAGAGGUGACACUACAGAAAGUGAAUUUGGUACAGCGGAUAAAGACCAAUAUAAGUUUGAAAAAUUCACAGCUGACUUUCAAAGUUUAGUUCUGUUUAGCUAAAUGAAAGCAUUUAGGUUAGUGAAUAGAUGCUGUAGGAUUUCUCCAAGAUAUGAAAGAGACCCCUGCAGAAUGUGUCUGCCUUGCAGCUCAGCUUCUACACUUUUUCGUUAAUAAGCAUCAUAUCUUUAAAAAGCAAUUAACUGAGUUUAUGACCCAGAGUUCUCAGUAGCAAAAAUGUUUGGUUUGGCUCCAGAUUCCUCUAUCCUGCAUUUGUCCAGAUGUUAACUUUCAGAAUUCACGAGUGUGUUUCUGGAAGUAACACAUUCUCUCAAUUUUUCCCGACAAGCAUUUUUCAGAUGAUACCUGAUUAAAAAUUCUAAUUUUCUUGCCGUGCUUUGUGGGUUCUAGUGACAUCAUUUCCAUAGGGAAUAAGAUAAUCCACAUAAAUAAUUGGUGAGCCGAUGUCAUGUGGAACAUUUAGAGGAGGAUGGAAAAUAAAGAAAACAGAUUAUAUCCUCUCCAGUUUCUGUAACUUUACCAUAAAUUGAAAAGUCAGAGUAUUGUUUUUACAUCAUAUGUGGCAAUGAAGUAUCACAUUUUUGUGAGAUAACACCUAAUGCACGGUCAGCUACUUUUAUAAAAACAAAAAUGACUCAAUUAGUGUCACUAUGAAUUUGGAAAGUAGCUGGAAUAUGUCAAGAAACAGUGAUGCAUGUGGAGCAAUAAAAUCUUUAUAUAAUGUUCGGUGCAAUGGGAGAGGUAAAACUGAAGAGAAGGAGUAAUGGAGGUGAGAGAAAGUGGAGGACUGGAACAAUAGAGAAAAAUACACAAGGGCUCAAAACCACCAGAACCGUGGGUCGAGUAUGAAAGAGCCAAUGCUCAGUGAGCAGAGAGGUGGUGGAUUAAUUUUACUAAUUCUUCUCCAGCCGCGGAGCCUAAACUUUAAGAAAAUAAUUAAUCUUGACACUAAUGGCAGCAGUAACCUUCUAGAGAUACUAAACCAGACGUUGCUUCGGCCCAUGCAUUUGUGGGUGUUUUGAAAGUUUUCCAAUUACUGUCUUAGCUGCCAUGCAGACCCAAAAGACUAAUUCAUUUUUUAGGUGGUUGAAUUGGUGAGUUACGGUGACCUAUUAAUAUUUAGAUUCGCACCAUUUCCUCUACAUUUUAAAAAAUACUCUAAAAGGCCGAAAUUGGGGAGGGCACCACUAUAUAUUUCAGUAUGUACCAAUUUUGGAACAAACUCUAGUACGAAACCAUCAGGUACAUGGGGUUUUGCUGUACAAUAGUAUGAUACCAGAUACCUACUUAUUCUAUAAUACCGGUUUAAUUUAAUCAUUACAUGUGUCACCACAAAAUGGACAGAAGUGAAGAUAUCAGUCCAGUAGUCCCUACUAAGAGUGUUGCCCAGGUAAGGCUUCUAUUUAAUGGUAUAGGCUGGCAAAGCAAAUAAGCUCAAAUAAAAUGUCAAUCAUGGAGGGGUAAAAAAUGGAUAUGGUGUCCUGAUAUAUUAAGGAUCUUCUGUAUUUCAAUGGCUGGUUACUGCAUUUGAGUGGUGAGGUGGGCCAGGACAUAGCAAAGAAGCUGCUUGGAAAAGUAGAAUUCAGACUGUGGAAGGUCAUGCAGUUCAGUAGGAAUGAGAAUUGUUAUAGGUUUAUUGUGACUAAUUUCCCGAUAUGGGUGGGCCCUGCUCUAAUCGUAACAUGGCAGAUAAACAUAUGUACUACUUAGACUAGUUUCAGAGACUCUUCUCAAAUUUAUGAUUUAUUUUGGUAUUGUCUAAUAGGACUCUUGUGAGUAGAGAAUUGCAUUUGAUGUGUAUACAUUGUUACCAUUUUUGCCUUUUUAACAAUUUAGUAAUACCUAUGCUUUGAUAUAUUUAAUUUAACUUAGCAUUGUAAAUUAUUACAAUCUGUUAGAUAAACCAAGUGAAUAAUCUAGAGCAGCGUUUCCCAAUUAUUGUUCCGCGAGAACAAAAUUGGGGUUCUGCGGCGAUUUGCUCGAUGGAUAUUGCUAAACAGGGGUCUGGUCAGGCGCUGCGGGCGUCUAAGAACGGACCCCUGUUGUAUGGGAUGCUGGGAAUAAGUGACAGCACUUCCUCCCAGACAAAGCGUGCCGGCUGGAGGGAGAGGGAGUGAGGGAGUGAGUAGCUGUCGACCUGGCACACCAUCCUCAGCCUGCAGCACCGAAUUAAGAAAAAAGGUUAAACAUAUGUGUCUGUGUGUGUAUGUGUGUGUAUCUGCCAAUGUGUGUAAAUCUGUGUGUGUAUGUGCCAGUUUGUGUAUCUGUGUGUCAAGGUGUGUAUGUGUCACUGUGUGUGUAUAUAUGUGUGUCAGUGUGUAUGUGCCAGUGUGUGUAUGUCCCAGUGUGUAUCUGCCACUGUGUGUGUGUGUGUGUGUGUGUGUGUGUGCAUGUGCCAGUGUGUGUGUGUAUCUGUGUACACUGACACACAGAUACACACUGACACACAGAUACACACACCUUGACACACAGAUACAUACACACAAACACAGAUACACACUGUGUGUCAAGGUGUGUGUAUCUGUGUGUCAGUGUGUGCAUCUGUGUGCCACUAUAUGCCAGUGUGUGUGUGUAUCUGUGUGUCAGAUACAUACACACACACACACAGAUACACACACCGGCACGUACAAACACAGAUACACACACCUUGACACACAGAUACACACACGCACAGAUACACAGAUGUUGAUACACUAUGUCAAAGGGUUCCAUGGGAAAAAGUAACUGGGAACCCUAUGCACAGGUAUUGGUUUUGUUUUGGUUCAGACAACAGUUGCCUCCGUGAUUAAAUGGUUGAACAAUUUAUGUUUUGCGUGUUUUCACUUAAUUACCCAUGAGCUUUAGGCUCCUAAAACUCAUAGAUUAAAAAUGGAUCAUAUAUAUAUAUAUAUAUAUAUAUAUAUAUAUAUAUAUAUUUACCCUUUUAUGGACAAAUGCUGAAAUGAUGAGUUAGGAGUUCUCAUAUUGUAGAACACCAUAUUAUAUAUUUAUUUGUGAUAAUUCAGUAAUAGAACACUAACAAAUUCCACAGAGCCCCAUACAUUCAGUAACUGAAAUAACCAAAUAGUUUUACAGAGACAUACACAGGCAAGGAUCUGAGGGACCUGCCUAUAAUCUAACAAUAUAAAGGGAGUUAUCAUUUAUACUGCUAAUUCAUUUAUUGCAAGAGCUGACGAUGUUUGUAUUUUACCCAAUAUCUGCAGCUUUACAACUUCUGCCCAAUUUAUAGCAUCAAAUAUUAUUAUUACAUUUCUUAUCUGUCACAGAAACCUGUUCCAGCUGGUCAUGUGACCUGCAUUCACACAUUUUUUUUCUUGAUAAACAAAUUUUAUGCCAAUGUAUUCUUAACCCUUUCUCUAUUCUGCUGACCUAGUUAGCAUAUAGCUCUUUAUUUCUCAAGAAAAAAAAUGAAUUUGUUGCAAAGUGACAAAUGUAACUUUUUACUAUCUAAGUAACGGAGCUCUUUCAUCAUGGUCUCCUGAGCACAAAAGUACCAUGAUUAAAUAAUUACUUAAUUUGCACCAUUAGAACCCGUUUCCCAGUUAGGGCCAAAAUGAGUGACCAUAUACUUACUAAUUAGGUAAAAGGAAGCACUAUACAAAGCCCUUUAAAUGUCCAUGGAUGAACUUCCGCAAUGAUUCAUUAAUGAUGUAACUGGAUAUUCCACAGAUGUGAAGAAGACCCUCUGGGUUGGAAAAAAUCCAUGGCCAGAUAGACUUACUGGUCCAAUCAUUCACUGUGGUGUGUUUUUGUGAUUGACACUGAGCAUGCUACUCUGAGUAAUCAGACUCUUCUUUUUUGAUUUAUCCAGCUGUGUAAAGAGUGGCUGUUUUGAGCUCACCAUGAGUAGUCUCAAAAUGUGUUUGAGGAUGUCCACCAAUAAGCAGUAGUGAGUCCAUGAGGAUUGCAUUUAAAAAAAAAUGUCACCAUAAGAGAGACUAGCCUUGCCAUUAGGGACCUGCGUCAGAAUGUGUCAAGUGACCUUUUGCAUAUUUUUUUAUGCACUCAAUAUUAUUCUCCAUCCAGAAGGGACGGCUUUGAUAAUGGGAAUAAUUUAAUUAAACUGUUUAAUGUGAACUUUAUUACACUUGUAAAAUGAGUCAUUGAGUUAAUUUUCUAAUUGAAUAAUGGGUUACUAAGUAAAUGCCAUGUACAUUAUUUAGGGCCCUGUCAAAUAAAAGGUUAAAGGAACACUAUAGCAUUAGGAAUACAGACAUGAAUCCCCUAACGUUGCAGUUAUUAAAUACCUAUUAAGGUGCACUCCGUCAUGUGAGAGUUUGAAAGGUGAGAUAUACUUAGUUCUCGGCCUUCGCCAUGCCUUUCUCCUUCCUACCUCCCAGACUUUUUCGGAUCAAUAGGUUAAUCCAGCAAUCAAAACAUCGCUGUUUCUUCAAAGUGGCAAUGUUUUCAGUUGCAAAGUUAAAACAUAAGGGACAUGGCACCCAGACCACUUCAUUGAGAUGAAGUGGUCUGGGUGCCUAAUGUCCUUUUAAGAAGUUCUGAUCUAUAUAAUGCAUAAAAGUACGUAGGGAACUUAUAGAGUAACUACUUAAUAAAUAUAUUAAUUUUAUUACUGGCAUAUAUAAAGUGCCAACAUAUUCCACGGCACUGUACAAUUAGGAAAAAGACAAAACAAUAAAAACCGACUAAUACAAAAGGUAGAGGGCACUGUUGUGAAUCAAUGGAAUGUUUCUGCUGAUAAGACUUAGCACUUUUUAGGUCCAAUGUAUGAAAGGGUUACUCCAACCACCAUUACCAUUUUUGCUUUUAGAAGUGGUCAUACUGGUAGGAACUGUAUGUGCAGUGUUUCUGCUUGCCACACUGCACAUACUAAGAUAUCUUCACUAUUGUGCCAGGGGCUAGGUGCACCAGCGUGACAUAAGAAGUCUGUUCCAGACUGCCCUUUAUAAAUUCUGUGCAAAAAUUACAUUUGUCAUCUGUUCACACUGCAUGCUGGAAAUCAUGACCCUAAAAUUGAGACUGUCCCACCAAAAGUGGGAGAGUUGUGAGGCAUGUAUCUACCACUACCAGUCUCCCUGUCUGUCUAUUUUACAGCUAACAUUCUAAAUCCUUUUGGUGGUAUUUAUUGAUUUCAUUAAAAAGAAAACUCAUAAGUAUCAGUAAUACGUAUUUCUCUUUCUGGGUCAUAGAACAACUUUGGAAUCCAUUUAGAUUUAUUAUUAAUUGAUUAAGCAUUAGUGUUUAAGAGCUUCUGAAAAAUUGCAGCCAAAGGCAGCUCUUCAAUGACUCAGAGAGCAAGUCCUAUAUAAAGAAUAUUCAUAUCGUAUACUGAGCAGGAUUACGCCACAUUCAAUGCCAUACCAAUUUAAUCAUUCUCCAAGUUUAGAAUGUUAAGCUUAGGAAAAUGUGUAACUUCUGAAACUGCCAAUGUACUUGGAUAUUGUCCAUCCUUGUUUACAGGGGUGUGGACUCUACUGGGGUGGGGAUGGAGGGUGUUUGAGUAAUCCAACUAAAAAACGUUGUAUCAUGUACUUUGUGUUUAUAAAAAAAAAAAAACAAUUAUAUUCAAAUAAGUUAUGCCCAAAUUACUUUGUAUACUUCCAUAACUGGUUGUUAAUUUUAAAUGUUACAUUAUAUUAUAUUAUUUAUACAAAAGUGCUGUGUUAAAAAGACAAGCAACUAAUAUGCACAGGAUCACCGGUUUAUUAUUAAUAUCAUUUAAAUGGUGCCAACUAUUCCACAGCCCUUACCGCCCAGUUGUGGUGGAUAUCAUGAUGACUUAGAAAGUGCAACUUUUAGUGUUUUACAUCUGGGCGACUAAUAGCUGAAUGCGAAAACACAGAGAGUAUUAGCAGGGGGUGCAGAGGUUUUCUAUCAGCUGUUACAACAUUGGACAUAAGUCCUUAGUUCACAAUGGGCAUGGGAUUUACCCUGCCACUCUCAUAUGACACAACUUAAUCCUCAUGUACAUACAUGUAGCCCACAAAGCCUAAUUUACCUUCCCCACCUCGGCCCUCGCUAAGAGAAACGUAUCCUUUGCCAAAUUCUGCCCCUCUGUAUCUCUGCAGAGGGACAUAAAAAAACACUUGUCAUUUCAUAGUCUACAGCAACUUUGGAAGGACAGAUGGCUGCAAUUUAGUAGUAACUGGGUGGAUGGGGGGCUAGGAUAGACAUCUGUUGAAAUUGCACUUACUGCAUAUGGACCAUACAUCACGUACAUAUACAAGUUGUAUGACCAUUUUAGUCUUUUGUUUAGCGUUUUUCUUUUGUUUUGUUUUUGUUACGUAUACUGUAAAAAUCAAUUUCUGCUUAAUUUCUAUUAUUUCCGAUCUUGUAAAAAAAAAAAGAGGUAUGUAAUCUAUAAAAUAUUUUUUGGCAAAGAUCAACGUCAACUAUUAAAAUUGUGGAAAUAUAUUUAUUUUAAUAUUUUUUUUUUAAUAAGUAGGAUAAGGGUAAUUGCUUAAAAAAAAAAUAUAGCAGCCAUGCAGUGGCUACUAUCAUUUAUGAGUAGUCCAGUUGAUUGUUUAUUUAUCUCAGACUAUGUUCAGCUAUCAUAAGACCCUCUGCUCUCUCUUGAAUGCUUUAACUUUCUUAGCUGCAGUUACCUUGACUGCAGUUUGCUAAAAUUGCAAUUCAAAUCAUUGAUUUAUAUUAAAAACUUAAUGGGCUACUCCAGACAAUAAAAUUAUUACAGGAACAAGAGUUCCGAACUGGCUAAUCUCAAAUAUGUGCAUAUUUCUAUAUAAAUAAUUGCAUUCAUUGGCAUUCAUGAGCCAGCUGACACUUUCAGCCAGUGAAUGGUCAGCAGGAUCAACGUACAGCAUCUGCAUAUCUGCAGAAACCAAACAUUGUCACUGGUUGAUCCGCUGGGAUCCAGGUAAGAAGGCAAUCCAUUGCAAAACCUUUUGCCCCGUAAAUGAGAAAUGGAGCCAAGCUAAUCCUGGUAUCAUAACCACUACAGCAGCCUCCAGCGGUUAUAAUGCUUGCAGUAACCCUUUACUUAAUAUAAGAUGAGUGGUGCUUUUCAUAUUUGAGAAAACUGUUCAGGAAAAUAGUUUUGUAAAGCCCAAUUUUGCAUUUUUCUCUGUAUUGACAUGUGACAGUCCAUUGCAAAUAUUCAUAUCUCAAUAUCUAUCACUGAGAUACACUAAGACGGAUAUGUCAUGCUAGGUAUUAUAUGACUACAGUGGUUUUGAAAAACUAGGGGGAUCCUUCCAAGCUGACAACUGGUUUAAGUGGGGAAUGUGGAACUCUGCCCAUUGCAGCCGAAAAGUUAGGCUAUGUGCCAGCAACUUAAUUAAGUCUCUGUCAAAGUUGCCAUGUUUUGUGAAAAAGAAAUACCAGUAAUACCACUACACGAACAUGGCUGUUGUUUUUAAAGGCCGAUAACCUCAAUUCUAAUAGUCAGGGAGAAAGCUUUCAUUUCUCUUUGCUUACCUUAAUUGAAGCAAGAGGUUUUUCCUAUGGGAAAGCAUUGUGAUUGGCUGAGAUCAUCAAUUCUAACAAUGUUAGCAAAGGAGAUGGAUUGGGGACGGGCCAGACAUGAGCAGCACGGCGCAGCACUGGAAAAAGGUAAGUAGAUCACCUUUCUAACCCGUGGUAAGGAGGGCCAAUCACAUAAACUGUGGUUUUAGAACUAUAGUGUCAGGAAUUACGUUUGUGUUCCUGACACUAUAGUGCCUCUUUAACCAUCAUUUUUGAAUAUACACCAUUUUCUAGGCAACACAACAGAUUUAUCAAUCUCUCUGUUGCGUUGGGAACAUGUUCUAUUUCACUUCUCCUUUUUUCUGCCACUCUAAUUUGCUUGAUCAGUAGCAGAAGUCAUGGCCCUUGUGUACCGCACCAAUCUCCUAUCGAGGUUGGACGGAGAAUAAAAAGCAGCCCUGGAUUUUUUUAUGUCAGCCAUAUAUUGCAUUUUGUCACAUAGUGUGCAGUUAUACAGGUAUUAAAAAAAUUUUUCAAUGGAAAUUAUUACAUGAAGAAGUGCACUACAAUGACUUAAAGGGACACUACAGUCACACAACUUUAGCUUAAUGAAGCAGUUUUGGUGUAUAGAUCAUGCCUAUGAAGUCUCACAGCUCAAUUCACAGCCAUUUAGGAGUUAAAUCACUUUUGUUUCUGUUUAUGCAGCCCUAGUCACACAAACUAAAUGGUUCUAUUUUCAAUCAGACACUACUUACUUUAAAAGUUUUAUUUCCUGUUCUUUCAAUUGAACUUUAAGUACAUACAUUCUGCACCUGGAAAACAUGGCUGUUGUUUUUGGCAAAAGUAAUACAUUAGAUAGAAUUGGCAAUAAAGGAAGUAUAAACAUCAGAUGAAUCUUUACAGGAAGUGUUUAGGAAGGCUGUGUAGGUCACAUGCAGGGAGAUGUGACUGUGGCUGCAUAAACAAAGUGAUUUAACUCCUUUAUGACAGAGAAUUGAACAGUGAGACUGCAGUGACAUAAUCUAUACACCAUCUAUACACCUUUAAAGGGACACUAUAGUCACCAGAACAACUACAGCUUAUUGAAUUUGUUCUGGUGCGUAGAAUCAUUAUCUUCAGGCUUUUUGCUGUAAACACUGUCUUUUCAGAGAAAAUGCAGUAUUUACAUUACAGCCUAGUGAUAACUUCACUGGCCACUCCUCAGAUAGCUGUUAGAGAUCCUUCCUGGGUCAUGGCUGCCUAAAAUGCAUCCAAACAUUCAGUGUCUCCUCCCACUGCAUGCAGACACUGAACUUUCCUCAUAAAGAUUCAUUGAUUCAAUUUAUCUCUAUGAAGGAUGCUGAUUGGCCAGGGCUGUGUUUGAAUCAUACUGGCUCUGCCCCUGAUCUGCCUCUUUGUCAGUCUCAGCCAAUCCUAUGGGGAAGCAUUGUGAUUGGAUCAGGCCACCACUUCUGAUGAAAAACAAACAAAGAUAAAGGUUGCACUAAAAUAGACCAAAUAGAUAAAAAUAUGAAUUAAAAGUCUUAGCUGUAAAAAGAGAUUCUAUAGAUCAUAUAGUCCAUAAAGUGCUGGUUCUGAAAAGUGCUUGUCCAGAGGUAAUGUCCUCAAUGUUCUUCUUCAGGGAGAUCCAGUAGCAUGGAACGAUAAAACAGAUACAGAAACCAAAUGGUGUAGUACGUCUAAUAUGAUAUAGAAGAUAAAAGGGAAGAGAAGUAAUGCACUCACGUGUAGUAGAGCUUUUAACUAGCUCUUAGUGUAAAAGGCGUACAGCGGUAUGAUCCCCGCUUAUGGGAUAUGGUGCAGACUUCUUCUUAAAUAAAAUAGAGAGAAAAGGAGUAGUGCUCACUGGUUAAAAUUAAUAAAAUAAUUUAAAAUGCAAGGGUACUCACAAGAGUGGAACAGGCAAACUGCUCCUUAGCAACAGCGUCGGUGGUAUGAUCCCCACCUCAGGAUUACUUGGAGUCCAGAAGAAUAAAAUGCCAGGUAGAAGAUAAAAAUAAAAAUAUAUGUAUAAAGUGUAUAUAAAAGAUAAUUGGUACAAAUAAAAAGUAGCCAAAAAAAUCUUUAAUAGAUUAAAAUACACAAAUAUAGUAUCCACAAACGCGUUUCACCAAUAAGGCUUUAUCAAUAUGGAAAUAAACAUAAUACCUGUCAAGGUUUCUUUAAAUAAGGGUAUAAUUAAUUGAAAUUGACGCCAAAACUAAAGGCAACCAAUCAGAAUACAGGAAUUAGUAAGAACAAAAUACAACUUUAAAAAUACCUAUUUUUGUAAUGGUUAUAUAAAAUUUAUGAUACACACAAUUACAUGUAGUGUUUAAAAGUAAAAAACGAGCGUAAGUUUAUAUAACAUUGAGUGUUGUUCCGGUCACGUGACUUUCGUGAGACCACAAAGGAGUAUGGGGGAUGUAGUUAAAUUCGGCGCAUGCGCGCGUCCCAGAAUGGGGAGGUGCACGUCGGCACGCAUAGUAUUGCGGCCGGCGUGACAAGGAGGGAAAUAAAAAGGGGUGCGCCUAGUAGGUCAAUUAGACCAAUAGGCGCAUAGGUGGGCGGGACGGGAGCGGUAUACAAGCCGCAAAUAUUGCGGCCAGCAAGACAAAGAGGGGAAUAAAAAGGGGGCACGCCUAAUAGGUCUUAAGGACCAUUAGGCAAGAAAGUGGGCGGGAGGGGGACGGUAAAUGAGCCGCAGAACGGCGGCAAAAAGGACAAUAGGAAUAAAAUUAGAAAAUUAGACAUAUGCCUCAAUAUAAGAGGCACUAUUAUAUAAAAAAUAAACAAAUGGACAAUAAAAAUUGGACAAUAAAAAUUAGACAUAUGUCUUGGUAUAAGAGGCACUGUUAUAUAAAAAAUAAUGAAUAAUAAAAAAAAUAUAUUAAAUAUGUUAAAAACAUAUGGGAGAAAUCUAAAAUGACAUGGAAAGGGCAGUAAAAAAUGAAAUAAAAUUAAAAAUUGUAUAUAGAGAUGAGAUAACAGAUUAUAAAAAAUUGUAUAAAUCAAAAUCGGCAUAUAAACCAUGGGGUAUAAGGGUCUGGACAUUAUACACCCAUUCCAUUUCAGUUCUCCCAAGUAUGUUUUUAAUAUCACCACCUCUCCAGGGAAUAGUACAUUUUUUUAUUCCCAUACACUUUAACAAUUUAGGAUCUUUAUUAUGUUGAAUAAAAUGUUUGGAUACUGAAUGAUUCAGAUAUCCAUUUUUAAUAUUUCUGCAAUGCUCGCUCAAUCUUGUUUUCAGGCACCUUGUGGUCAUUCCAACAUACUGGAGGCCACAAGGGCAUUCGAGCAAGUAAAUUACAUUUUUCGUACUGCAAUUAAUGAAAUCGUUCACCUUAUAAACCUUUUUUGUCACAUUGGAGGUAAAAGUGGUUAUUUUAGAUGGCACUGUAGGGUCAGUGGUUUUACAUACUAUACAUGUUUUGCGUUUAAAAAAAACUUUAAUUUGGCGGAACAGAGAUAUGGAUUUUUUUUAUUAGUUUCUCUGGUAAAAAUUUUGGUUAAAAUAGAUUUAAAAUUAGGAGCUCCUCUAAAAACUACAUUUGGAUGUUUGGGUAAAAUUUUAUUGAGAAUGUCAUCCUCUUUUAAGAUGUGCCAAUGCUUUUUUAUUAUCCUUUUUAUGUUUCCACUUUUAUUGUUAAAAUUAAAGAUAAUAGGCAGAGGCAUAGGUCCUUCUGUAUUUUUUGUUUUAUAGGUUAAAAGUUGAUCUCUAUCUUUCUGUUGGAUGUUGUUAAUUGUGUCUGUUAAAACGAGUUCUGAAUUUUUUUUUCCAUUAAUUUAUUUUUUUUAAAUUCUGCUUGUUCAUUAAAAUCAUAUAAUUCCGAACAAUUUCUCCAGAGACGUAAAAAUUGGCUCUUGGGAGCACUGUCCAGCCAAGGUUGAUAAUGGCAACUGGAUUUGUUUAUGGCAGUGUUAACACAAACUUUCUUAAAAAAACGUCUUAGUGUGUAUUUGCCCUUUCUUAAUAAAAAUACUGAGAUCUAAAAAGUUGAUGUGUUCCUUACUGAUGAUAUCAGAGGUCAGUGGAAGUUUAUCAGAGGUCAGGCAGAGGCAGCAGCUUCAGACUUGAAUACAAGUAAGAUUUUACUAUUUUCAGGGAGGCAAAGGGGGCCAAGGGGGCUAGAUAGUGGUUUUAACACUACAGGGUCAGGAAUACAUGUUUGUGUUCCUGACCCUAUAGUGCUCCUAUUAAUCCAUUGAUAUAAUGUAAUGUGUAUAGCAUAUAAUAUCACAUGCCUCCUAUCUGUCCUGCUUUUGGAAGGACAGUCACAAUUUUGGGGUGCUGUCUGCCGUCCCGCUUUAAUUUCUUGGUGUCCCACAUCUGGACACACUCAAGCUGCGAAUAUUAGGACCAUGUAUGGAGCAGUUCAGCAGUAGUUUAUGAGUCAUAUUAUUUUGACAUUACACAUUCUUAUGGCGCAUUUUUUUGACUGUCUCUUUUAUUCCCCAUAGAUCAUAAUAGAAGAGUUAGAGGUUGAGAGAAAUGAUAUAACUAUAACCAUUACUGAACGCCUUAAAGAGUAUCAUGAACUGAUGCAAGUCAAGACUGGACUCAGCCUGGAAGUGGCAGCUUACAGGUAAGAUAUCCAGUGCAUGACACCUGUACAAUGACAGCAGAUACAGGCCAGUUGUAUUACAUCUGUAAAAGAUCAUCCCUGCUUCUGCAGCAAGAAAUGCUUUCCAAUGGUUGUCUACAAACCAGAAACUUUUGCAUAAAUCAGAUUAAAAAAAACAUGUGACCUGAUUAUGGUUAUGAUGACUGACUAUUUUAACAAACUUAAAGGGACACUAUAGUCACCAGAACAACUACAUCUUCAUGUAGUGGUUCUGGUUUGUAUAGCAUGUCCCUGCUGGCAUUUUAAAGUAAUCACUGCCUUUUCAGAGAAAAGGUAAUGUGUACAUUACUGCCUUUUAACACCCAUAGUAGCAGUCACUCAGACAGCCACUAGAGGUGCUCCUUGGAUCAGUGCUGUACAAUUUGCCGCACUGACGUUCAGUGUCUCCACACUACACGGAGGCUCUGAACUUUCCACGUACAGAUGGCUUGAGUCAAUGUAUCUCAAUGAGGAGAAGCUGAUUGGUGCAGAGCGGCGUUUUGCCACGCAUGCGCGAUAGUCUCCCAAUGCUUUCCUAUGCUCAAGUUUGAUGAUCUCAGCCAAAGAGGCGGUUAAAAAGUAAAUAACCUUUUUAACCGUGGACAAGGGUGAGCAAGGGAGGAUUAAACAGCUAUUUAGACUAUAGUAAAGCGCUACAGAAUAUGCUGGCGCUAUAUAAAUACCAGUAAUAAUAAUAAUAAAUCACUUUAUUCUCUUUUUUGUAAUGUAUAGUGUCAGGAAUACAUGUUUUUACUUCUGAUACUAUAGUGUUCCUUUAAUAACAAGCAAAUUUAUAUUUUAGUAGACACAAUAUUUUUUUUAUUUUGGUCAUACAUUUUGCCAUUUCCAUCCAUUCCAGUUCUAAGCUACUUUAACUUUGUAAAGUUCUUUGGACGUUUUAUGAUUUUGGUCAAACUGAAUGUAGUUUAUAUUAUUACUAUAAAGGAGUAGCAAAUAAUAAAAAAAAAACUUCUUGAUGGAUCAUUACUAAAAAAAUAAAAAAUGAUUAGAAUAAAAAUGGGCAGACGGAAUAGAAAAAUGCAAAAUAUUCAUGUUUUAAAUUCUUUAUUACAUUAAUGAUCUCAAUUGAUGCACCUUAUUUCAAAAUUAAAAAUGCAUUUUUAAUAUAACAUUUAGUUCUAAAGAUAGAAGCAAAAGUUAAAUCUUUAAGUAGCUCUGUAAUUUGAUUCUACCAUUUAUUUGAUAAAUACUUUUUUAUCUUUUAGUUACUUGAUUUUUCUAUUCUGGUUUGGAAUAAAUGAAAUUACCGUUAGUGACACAGAAAGUCAUCUGUUAAGCCAGAUAGAUGCCAUCUCUGCGUCCACCUGUUACAUGUAUUUUGCGUGGUCACAUUUCCACAUUAUAGCUCAUUUUCCUGUCGGGCACGUUCGUCAAUCUAGCACAUCAUUUUUAUCCUAACCUAACAUGCUGAAAAUAAAUUAUUCUACAAGAGGAAUGAGGCAGUGAGUCAGUUUCCUGGCACCCCGCAGGGUGGGGUACAGUAUUAAUUUUGCUUUUAUUUUGGUUGUCCUCCGUUGUCAUGAGUUAUAGUACUCGAUUAAUCCGGCUCCCUUUGCUCAGCUGCUCCAUGUGUGUGCUAUUUGAUAUUAUGUUUAGUGUUUUUAAUUGCUUUAGAAACACAAGUGACAACAAGAGCCAGAUAUUCUGAGUUAUCUGCCCAGUUACUAGGCAAUUUCUGGUAUCUUCCCUGUAUUGGCUAUUAGUAACACCUUGCAUGAUCGCACACAAUAAAUUAAACUGGAGAAAAUGUGAGUCUAUCUAAGAAAGUACAUUUAAAUUCUAUAAUCCACAGGAAUUUGCAGAAACAGUUCCCCUACAUAGUGAUGAAUUGUUUACAUCAACAAUCAAGAAUAUACAGAUACUAAGAAAAUAAUGAAACUUGGGUAACAGUAGGAUGGGACGAUUGUGGAGUUAUCUAUUAGUCACCAAAUGAGUAUUUAAUAGCUAAAAUUUGUAAAUAUCCUAAAAGAACCUGAUAUUCAAAUUUGGAUGUUUACUAAAUCCAUUAAGUGCCACAUUUUGAGAUUGGCCUUGAAAGUGCAGUCUCAUUUCACAGCAAUUUGGUGUCUGCAAAUAAGUAAGUGUAAAGUCCUUUCAAAGUAGAUGACAUUGGAUAUUUAUAAAGCAUCGUAUUACAUCCAAAUUGAGGGAUUUCAAAUUGCUUAUUUUAUUCCUGCCUAACUCAAGUCCCAUAUUUAUAAUUGAGCUUCUGACUGUAUAAGCAGACUCGGAUUUAAAUAUACAUCUUUAAAUAAUUAAAUAAAAACCUGCCCUGGGAUCCUUCCAAUUGCAAGAUACAUGAAGCAAAUGGACUUGUAUGUGAUUAUCUUCUAAACUGCUAAUGGGCUUGUGUGCGACAAUGUUCUAAUCCUCCUAAAUAUAUGUACCACCUCACCUUUAAAUUAAAUAUAAGGAGAUGUCCAGCCAGGCUUUGGCAGUGAGCUCAUAAAAGCCCACAAACAAUAUUUCACUAAUCGACAACUUGCUGUUCACCGGAUGUGGCUAAGGCGUUAACAAAUUAGUAGGUUAAUAGAGUUCUGGAGACCCUUGCAUUAGUUGAAUCAUCCUCCAUUCCACAGCAAGGAAUGGGCGAAGACAUGAUUGUCUAGGGUGCUUUGGUCCUGUCAUUUUAACCAUUAAUGGUAAAAAAAAAUUCAGUUUUUCAGAAACAGCCAUGUUUAGUUUAAAGAGUUAAGUACACCUCUAGUGACUGUCAUACUGACAAUCAAUGGAGGCUCUUCCACUGCAACAGCCAUGUCAACUACCUGUCAUACUAACAGCCACUGGAGGCGCUAGUGGCUUCCACUGCAUUCAGUCAGAUGUUGCAGCCUCCUUAGGAAAGUAUUGAUUUAAAGCUUGCAUGUGGGUACGGCACUAGGUGUACAUGCCCAUCAUGUCCUCAAUACUCCUCUAUCAGGAGCAUUGGAUUAGACCAUUGCAGAGGAGGCCAUGCCUCCUCCAUUACGUCUCAGGAGAAGGAGAAAUAAGCAGUGCUGAGGGAUCCUCGGCAUGGAAAAAAAGGCGAGUAAGAUUCUUUAUUUAAUUAUUCUUAUGGCACACAUAUUUUAUGGCACAGGGACACUAAAGCAUAAGGAUAAUAUACAUAAUAAAAGAAUCACUUCAUUCUCUUUUUUGUAACAUAGCAAUUUAAAGGUUGGAGUUACUUCCAGUUUGUUUACUAUCUGUGGCCUGAUUGAAUAGCCAGAGUUUCAGUUUGGGAAUUCAUUUCCGAGUAAUCGCUGAGUUAUUUGAACUAACCACCAUCCCUAUACAUGGUCUAAUAUUGGUAAAUUCAGAUUUAGACACUUUCAGAAGAGUUAAACAUUCGUUUGAUCAGUUUAGAAUAUAGCAGAUGACAAUCUAUGCCAAUAGUUUAUCUAAAUCUGCUACCACAAAGUAAUCACUUAGUUAAUAAUCCUCUCCAUGGCAGUUUAGGUGGAAGCUUGCAUUUUGAAAUUUAUUAUUAUUAUUAUUAUUAUUAUUAUUGUUUUAAUUUUUAUAUAGCGCCAUCAUAUUCCGUAGCACUAUACAAUGGGUGGACUAACAGACAUGUAAUUGUAACCAGACAACUGGACGUACAGGAACAGAGAGGUGGAGGGCCCUGCUCAAUGAGCUUACAUUCUAGAGGGAGUGGGGUACAGUGACACAAAGGGUAAAAGUAGGGAUAUGAAGUAAAUUGUUAGAAAAGUAUUCACUGAGAACUUAUUAGGUAAUUUUUGACAGUUUCAGGAGAGGAGUCAUGGGGGGUGGGGGAUAAAAACCUGCUAACAGUUUAAUUGAUAUGCUUUCUUGAAGAAGAGAGUUUUCAAUGAUUUUUUGAAUGAGUGGAGACUGGGUGAAAUUCUUAUGAAGAAGGGAUUCCACAGAAGAGGUUCAGCUUUAGAGGUGGGAGUAUGGACACAGGAUAUACGUAGGUCUUUGGCAGAGCGUAGGGGCCUCAACGGGACAUACUUGUGUAUUAAGGAGGAUAGGUAGGUUGGAGCAGCAUUAUGUAGGGACUUGUAAGCAAGCACCAGAAUUUAAAAUUGAGCCCUAUAUCUAACUGGAAGCCAAUGCAGGGACUGACAGAGCGGGAAGGCGUGGGAAGUGCGAGCAGACAGGAAAAUUUUCCUUGCAGCUGCAUUCAUUAUAGAUUGCAACGGUGCAAUCUGGGAACACGUAAGACCACUGAGAAGAGUAUUGCAAUAGUCCAGGCGAGAGAGAACAAGAGCAUGGACCAGCAACUUGAAGAACAGAAUGGAGCCAGGGAAUUGGAGAAAAGUAUUGACAUAACCAAGAUGUUAGAUAUGAUGUGUUAUCAGUAUGUAACAACAAAAACAUAGUUAAGAAUGUUCUGAAGGUCAAGGCAACAUUAACCAAUGAUGAGUAAUCUACUGCCAGAUGUUGGGGAGUGAUCUUCACCUCAAGCCUGGAAUGCCAUUACAAACUUGCUUAGAGGGUGUUUUGCAAACUCUUGUAAGGGUUCUAGCCAGGAAAAAGUAGUCACAGAAAUAACAGAUUAUAUGGCUGUAGAUAUUUUUCAGGAUUAUACGUCAACUGUAGGUCUACUCUAAAAAAUGUGGUAUAUGUUCAAAUGUAUACAUAAUGAUUAUCUUCCCACCUUUUUCUGUUCUUCAUUCCUAACAGGGCUCUUCUAGAAGGAGAAAGCCAAAAGGGCACAGUAAUAUGGACAGAUCGCACAGUGAAAGAAAGACCUACAGGUGGAACAAUUAAUAAACAUGAAGAUGUCAAUUAAAUCGCAUGUAACACAAUGACAAUAUCAUUAUUACAUAUGAUUAAUUCACUUUGUUAAUAUUUUAUUUAAAACUUUUACUGUUUGUAUUGCAAGGGAAAAUGAAGUUUCCAUGGCAAAUAUCACACGUUCAGUUAAGGAUAUCUCACCAUAUAUAACUAGUGGCAUAAUGAUAAAGAUUUCAAAAAGUGCAAGAUAUGAAAAUAAUUGAUGAGGUCUGGGAAAUGUAUCUGUCUACACUAAAAUAUACAGUAUAUUAGAAUACAAAAUAUAAGAUAAAAAGUACAAUAUAAAAAGAUUCAAUUUAGUUCAGUUUUUAGAUGCAUGGGGCUUUUAUGUAGUGGUUAGGUCCAGAGAAAGCAACAAUGCUACAUGAACUAAAGUCAGGUUUUGUCUCCCAUCUGGACAUUAAAGGGACACUAUAGUCAGAAGAACAACAUUAUCUUAAUGAAGCAGUUUUGGUGUAUAGAUCAUGGCCCUGCAGUCUCCCUGCUCAAUUCCCUGCCAUUUAGGAGUUAAAUCACUUUGUUUAUACAAUCCGAGUCACACCUUCCUGCAUGUGACUUGCACAACCUUCCUAAAUACUUCCUGUAAAGAGUCAUCUAAUGUUUAUACUUUAUUUUAAAUUCUGUUUAACUUUUUAACCUGCUGUGUUAAUAGCUUGCUAGACCCAGCAAGAGCCUCAUGUAUGUAAUUAAAGUUCAAUUUACAAAGCAGGAGAUGAUAAAAAACUUUUAAAGUUACUUACAUUGGAUUGAAAAUGAAACUAUUCUGUUUUCAUGCAGGCCGUGUCAAUCACAGACAGGGGAGGUGUGGCUAGGGCUGCAUAAACAGAAACAAAGGUGACAACUCCUAAAUGGCAGUGAAUUGAGCAGUAAAACUACAGAGGCAUGAUCUAUACAUCCAAACUGCUCCAUUAAGCUAAAGUUGUUUUGGUGACUAUAGUGUCCCUUUAAAGAUAGUAAAAUCUUGUAGAACUCUUACAGCUUGGUGUUUUGGCACCACCUACAUUUGCACAUACAUCGGUUGUUUGUCAGUAGGCCUAUGAGAUAAUUUCACCUGUGGAACAUUGAUGAAGAUUAUGCAAGUGGAGAGGAUGAGAGAGGGUUAGUGGAGAACCUAUGUAAAUUGAAUUGAGAAAAACCUUUACGUUUCAUCUAUAAAUGAGAAAUAGAUUUACAUUCUAAUUUUUCAUUAAAAUGUCUGUGACUUUUUUUUUUUUUUUUGAAUUUCCCACCUACUGUUGCCCAAGUUAACAAUAUGAUUCCUGUCAUGUAUUAGUAAAUUUUUUUUUUUUUAAUAUCCUCUAGUACAAGUGUGAAUUUAUGAGCAACAGUAUGUUCUGCAUUUGGUGUGUUACUGAUUUCUAUGUCUUUUUAUAUUUGUAUCAAUCAUAGGUCGUGUAAUUUCAAGUUUUCAACAGUCAUCAAGAUAUUCUGGGGUCAAGAGGGAAGCUGAGAGAAGGGACUUUCCAGGAUUCAGAAGCCAAGAAGCAGUGGCAAAAAGAACUUCAGAUAUCCACAGAUUCCAGUCAAGAACAGUGCCAGAAAUACACAUUAGACCAUUGUCCACAGACUUAGGAAGGAUAAAUAGCUCAUAUGUGUCUCAUGUUCAUGAGAUGUCUACACAAAAAAAGGAUGAUAGGUUUGGCACAAGCUUCCCCCAAAAACAUGAUUUACUGAAAAACAGACACCUUCACCAAAAUGUGAAUGAAACAGUAUCUCGUAUUGUGUCAGAACCAUAUUCAUCAAGACUUUCUACACCAUACACUCAAAAGGCAAAACAAGAACAGGUGAGUAAUACAAAAUCAAGUGUCAUCAUUAAGUCACAGCCUGAUGUGGUCAGUAACGCUCAAAGAGAAUCCAGGGUAGAUGAUAAAAUAAAGGAAACAAAUGUGACAAAGCACUUUGAAUCUAAGGUAGUGGAGGAAAUGAAUGUGAUAACUAAGGGCACUGAGGAUCAGACGCAUGAUUUGGAACACAGAAAAAGUAGCCUAAAUGAGGAGGAAAUUAGAAAAGAAGAUAGAGUAAGUGUAACACAGAGAGAAGAGGAAAAUACAAUAACAGAACCUAAAGUACAGGAACUACCAGUCAAAAAGGAAAGGAAGAAAAGAGAACAAGCUAAGAAGAAGAGAGAGGAACUGGAGAAAGUAGAAUCAAGUGAAAUAACUAUUAUGGCAAGAGACAAUGAGUCAGCCAAGUCAAUUACACUUGGAGAAAAGCCAGGAGAAGAGCAAGUGUUUACAAACAUACCAAUACAAUUUGAAAUAAGAAAGAAUGAGGAUAGGUCACAGACAAUUCAUGGAGAAAAUGUCAGGGAGAUUCAAAUAACCAGAAGUUCAAAACAAACCAAUGCAAAUGAAAAAAAUACUUUUUUAAAAGAUGUAGAAGCACGUACACAAAAUAAAGAAGUAGAAGGUAGCAAAAGCAAACCGACUAAAGAAACUGAGGUGGUAAUAACCUCAUCUGAACACUUUGGCCAACCAUCUGCAUGGGAUGAUAGUGAGGCUUCUGUAAAGAAGAAAUUAUUUGCCAGUGAUGGAUCUGUCAAAACUGACAUUACUGUGCAGUCUAAGAUGGAGAAAAAAUAUGACUUUUUUGAUGAACAUGACAUUGUAGAAGCACGGAACAAUAGAGCACGUGUUAUAUCCGAGGAAAGUGUAUUUAGAAACUUAGAAGAAAUGUAUACUGAUGAAAAAACUAGUUUUCUAGGAAAUGAAGAAGGUCAUGCAGAAAAUAAAGGAGUAAACACCUCUACUACCAAGGAAUCAGAGGUAUUCAUAACUUCAUCUCAGAACUUGAGAGAAAAAGAAAUGGUAGCAGAUAUUCUUAAACACUUUGGUCAACCAUCUGCAUUGGAUGAUCCCAGCGUGACCUUUAUAGAAAGAAAACAAGUGGGCAGUGAUGGAUCAGUAAAAACUGAGAUUACUGUACAGUCAAAGACAGAAGAGGAUGUGGACCUUUUCGAUCAACCUGAUCUUGUUGAUCUGUGGAACAGAAAAACAUACGAAGAAGUCCAAAACACUGAGACAGGAGAUACAAAAGGCUUAGUAUACAAUCAACAGCAAGGAGAGUUUACAAAAACAAUAUUUGGAGAAACAAAAGGUGCAGAAGCAAAAGAUUGGAUAGAAGAUAUCAUUCACACCGGUCUAAAAGGGAAACCAGGAUUGUCUGUUAAUGUUGAAAUAAUUGAGGAGUCCAUUGGAACAUUUGGAAGAACUGAAUUUUCCACCCCAUUUCAUGUUGAGGAAGCAGAGGAUAGUUAUCAUGAAAAACAAGAGAUAAGUGCUAAUGAAGAACUUAAUUUAUCCACCAAAAAACAAGAAGACAAAGAACAACCCAUUGAAGGGCCCACCAAUGUUGAGGAAGUAGCAGAGGGGGAAGAUAUAGAUGAAGAGACAAAUUAUUUUGUUUCAAUUCCAGAUGACAUUCCCAUUUUAGAAGACGAAGAGGAGGAGACAAUAAAAGGGCAAAUUCACAUAGAGGAGGAAUCCCAAGUUAAAUAUUCCUGGCAAGAUGAAUUCUUGCAAAGUUCACAGGGUCGGAAAAUGUUAAGUGAGUUUGUAAAAUAUGCUAGCAGUAAUGAACCAGACACAACUCAUCAUGAGGGUUUAGAAACACAGACUCCAAAAGAAACAGAGUCACAUUUUGAGACUGUCGUGAUAGAAAAAGAAAUUAAAAUCCCUCAUGAAUUCCAGUCAUCAAUCAUGGAUCUGUUGUCUAAAGAAAACAAAGUCCCUCAGCAACAGUUGAAAGGUGCAUUGGACUGUCUCCAUGGCAGUCUUCCACAAGACCUAGCUGUGGAAUUGGCAACCUUGGCUGAUGCAGAUAAAACUCAAGCCAGCAAUUUAGCAGUGGAUAUCAAAAAAGUUGACCAAACUAAAGAAAGUGGUUUGGUUACGAUUGUAGCAGAAAUAAAUGUGUCACAGACAGUGGAUGCCGAUGAUCUUGAAACACUGCAUUUAAUUGAGAAGGCUAAGGGUGGAGAUGCACCAUCACCGUACUCUGCUUUGGAAACCUCUGAAGAGAAAGCAAUAUUUCUAGACAAAACAGAAGGUCAUAAAUGGUCAUUUAACACUGAAUCUGGAAUAAAUAAUGAAUCUUAUAGUUCAGUUACAAUGAGAACAAAUAAAGGUGCUGAGUCCUACAGUCGAUAUCAGGACACUAAAAGUCCAGAAGGAGAAAUAUCUCGAUCACAAGUCAUCACUGAUAUGAGCAGACUCAUAAAACAUAUACCAGUGGGUGACCAAGAUGAUGGUUUCUCACAAGGGGGACAGAUAACUGACUCAGAAAAGCAAGGUUUAGUUGAAGAGCAAUCUGUGGAAAUGAAUAGAUCAACUCACCAUAUUAAAUUAGGACCUAGGGAACUAUACUCUAAAGAACAGAUAAUCUUUGAAGGUUCAAUCCCUCAAACCCUCAAACUGGAUAUAGAAAACAAUACAGAAAAUUCCUCAGAUCAAAACCGGUCAAUACGUCAUAUCAAAAUAAGUCCUACAGAAUUGCAUCCUACAGAGCAUAUUAUAUUUCAGGGACCCAUCUUCAAAUCAGAGGCAGUUGGCAGUGAUACUGUCAGAAAUGAACAGUAUAUAGAGAAGGUCAAUCCAAGUACAAAAGAUAUCAAUUUAGACUUUGAGGGACAACAGAGAGGCGUAAAAGUGAAUUGGGACCAAAAUAUUAUUCAAUCAGAAGGUGCAACAGGUACAAAUAAUACAGUUACUCAUUUUAAAAUGAAUUCAGGUGAAGCACAUAUGACACGAGAAAUCAUUUUUGAGGGUUCAAUCCCUAACAUUCUAACACGUAUCAAAACUGAUGGCCAAGAAACUAGUACACCAGAAGACAAUAACAUGCCUGUCGAACACAGUCUUGGUACUCAGAAGAUUCACACUGCAAAACAAAUAAAAUAUCAAGGCUUCAUUUCUGAACCUAAAAAAACGGGAGAUCCAGAAGGCUUUGCUGCAGUAGAAGGCCAGUCAAACGUCAAUACGUCUGUCCAUCACAUCAAAUUAAGCCCAAACAAAGAACAACAAAUUAUAUUUGAAGGCCCUCAUUCUAUAAAUUUAGCCUUUGAUGGUGGAAAGGAUAGCUCCUAUUCGAAAGACUCAAACAGGUCUAUUGCACAUAUCCAUCUGGGUGGCAAGGAAAUGCAAUCUUCUGAACAUGUUGUAUUUGAAGGACCAAUUACAGAAUCGUAUGAAUCAUCAGACUUCCUUGUUUCAUCCCCCUCUGGGGAUUCUACGGAGAGUGAGAGAUCAAUUAAACAUAUUAAACUUGGUCCAACAGAAAAAUCAUUUACUUUUCAGAUGGACAUUACCAAAGUUUCUACAAAAUAUGAAGAUGAAGGUGCAGUUAAAGAAAGUGAAACAAUGUUUGCUUCCAGCAAUACUGACAGGCAGCCAAUGAAAAGUGAGUCAUACAGGGGACUGACAGAUGAUAUGGAGGUGGCUGAAAGUGGAUAUGGUGAAGAAGAAAUCGCUGGUAUCUUUCAAUACCCUUAUGAGGUUGAAAUCAAUCCUCAAUCCCAAGGCAUCAUUGAUACCUCCGAAUUUGAUAAAACUGUUCAAGUCCACAGAAUAGUUCAUCAAAGCUCUGGAAUUUCUGACGAGAACAAAGUUGCUGUUGUUUACCUUGAAGAGGAAGAAGAACCGGAUCAAGAUUACUUACGGCGUUCAUUUUAAAAUUAAGUUUACUGAGAAAAAAAAGUUUCACUGAGAAAUUUAGGUUGUAGUCCAUAUUUAACAGACCAUUUUUGUCAUAUCUGCACACACAGGGCCUGACACCAGUUUAAAAGGUAGUACCUCACCUCGUAUCUACUUUCAGUAAGUCAAUCUGGCAUUUAAAGAGGCUUGACACCAACACCUGUAGAAUUUAGUGAGCAAUAUACUUAUCACUGUACUCACGCUGAGAUUAGUGUGUCUGUUUUUAGAAUAAGAGGAGGCAGAUGGUCUCCCAGUCAAUAAUAAACAUGUUUAAAUUAAAUUAUUACAGGGCAGUUCCUGGAUCUAAAUAGAGAGCAAAAGCUAUUUCCAGCCCUGCAAUCAUUUACUUGGAUAUGCUGUAUAUAUUUUUAGAACAUCAGCUUUCAUAAUUAUCCCAAGUACAUUUAAAAUAUCUCAGUAGGUCAAUAAUAUAAUGGUCCAUUGGAUGAAAUUUUACCGUACACAAAUUUAUUUCGCUAGUGUCACAACAAAUUCCCGUCACAUAUAUGAAAAUAUUGUAAUAGGACAAAUAAAUAGGAAAUGAUCUAAAAUAUAAGAUAUUGUGUAUCUGCUAUUCUAAAACUAUGACGGAGAUGCAGUGCAUAGCAAAUGCAAAUAUUAAUAUCACCUGCGGCAUAUAAGCACCACGUUUUCAAGUGAUUUGACAGAAACCACAUGUUUCUUUAGAACCACAAUUGUUGUACCCAUUCUGCCUGACAUCCACUACUGGGGAUUUUUUACAUCCUAAGCAUUUGUCCAGAAAUAUUAGGGCAUCCAUUGCCCUUUUAUGGACACCAAUUUAAAACAGCAUCACCGUGUCAGUUUAGCAAUGAUGGAAGAGUCAACAGUGCUUUGAUUGCAUGCAAAAGGCUUCAAAGAUUCAGGGCAGCUAAAUCCUGUGCUUCUCCAGUACUUGGAGACUAUCGUUGUUUAGUAGAUAAUCCCCUUGUGAUGUUGCUUUCUCUGAGCAUCUAACGAAAGGAUGGGCGUACUGGUGUCUUGCAGGAUAUGGCAACUCCAAAUCUUGGCAGCCUUUGAACAUAAAUUGCUUUGGACCUUUUCAGAGCUGUAAUAUAUAUUUUUAUACUGUAAGAGAGAGACGGAGAUGAAGAAUAAUAGCACAAGUGACAAACAAAGAACAAUAACACAAGUGACAGACAAACAACAAUAACACAAGAUGAAGAAUAGUUUGGAAUCAGAUUGGAAUUGUCACCUGAUUUAACUGAUUUAGAAUGUUUUCUUUUUUACAAUUUGUUAUUUUUAGCAGUGAUACAUUAAAAAGAAAGUAAUCUAAAAAUGGACGUUGAAGAACUGGCACCCAUGGAGAAACAGGCAGAUAUCCUAAAGGCGUCACUGCUUAUCAAAACAUUAUUAGAAACCCAGCAGUUUAAAACAGGCGCAGACACCUGAGUUUUGUAGGUUGAGACCCUCUAGAGUCUAAUAUAUCCUCCUUUUGACAAACAGAAGGCACAUGUAUGUCACAUUUUUAAAGAACCACUCCGCUCACCAUAAUGAUUUUAUUUCAGUGAAGUUGUUAUGGUGCCUGGAGGUCCUGGGCACUGACCCACCUUAAGGGAUUACACUGUUUUCUAACAGUUUAACACCAAAGUGCUGUUUCUGGCACCUGUUCUCCUGGAACCUUUUCUUCCUUCUUUGGCCCCAUCUUUAAAACAGUGAUAGGUUUAGUUGACGCUCUCAGUCUAUAACUGGCCUCCUAUUGAGGGAAAUGCUUUAGAAAGGCAUGUACCAGAGAGAUGAAGUCAUUAUGGUGCCUUUGUGUUCUUUAAGAUUAUGGGAAUGAAUAACAUCCACAUAUACAAUGUACAUAAGAUAGGUGUAUAUAUUAUCCAAUGAAAUCAGAGCACCAGAAUGCAUUAUACACAGGCAACUGAAGUAUAUUUAACAAAACACAAAAUAAUAUAUACUGAUCAAAAUGUAUUCAAUCUUAUUAGUACUGAUAUCCAAAAAUGGAAUGCUUCAAUAAUUGCACUUAAACAUCUAGAAAAAGAGAAAUAGACAGUGUUAAUUUGUGGCGCUCUCUUAACUUCGGCUCUCUCAUGAAAAACAGUGGACUAAAUUCCAAAUAAAUGAAGGCAAUAAUUAUAUUUAAAGGUUUUAGCUCAUUAACUGGAGGGCAGCAUCUUGUACUCAGUACUUAGGCCGUAUUAGAUAACUUGAGAACUGGAGAGGUAUUUUUCACUAUGGUUAAAACGUAACCACUUAUCCCCUUUAGUACAUCUCUCCCGCUGUGCUGAUUUUUUUCUAGUAGCAGUAAUCUGGUGUUCACUAAUCCCACUGUUGCCGUUGUGGUACACACUUGCGUAAUGUGUUUGUUUUUAUUACACUACAUUCUUUUAAUCUUUUAUGCUGCUUCAAUUGGUUUAGACAUCUGAGUGAAAUUACUGAAAUAAGUCAACCUGCAAGAUGAAUGCAGGGAUUUAUUUGUUUGAAAGCAUAGUACUAGACAUAAAACACCAUGCAGAGAUUAGCUCUUAGCGCAGGCUGCCAGCUGGACAAAAAAGUACUCAAGCCAUGGUGUGAAAAGUAUAUUUUAAAGGGACACUAUAGUCACCAUAACAACAACAGCUUAUUGUAGUUGUUCUGGUGAGUAUAAUAGUUCCCUUCAGGGUUUUUCAUGCAAACAGUGGCUUUUCAGAGAAAAGGCAGUGUUACAUUGCCUCUAGAGACACCUCCAAGUGGCCACUCCUUAGAUGGCCACUGGAGGUGCUUCCUGGGUCAGUGCUGCCGAAAAAGCAGCACUCUGCAUGGAGACACUGAAUUUUCCACAUUGAAUCAAUGCAUCUCUAUGAGUAGGUCCUUAUUGGCCAAAUCAGCAUUUGGCCCUGCCCCCCGUGCUGAUUUUAGCCAAUCCAAUGCUUUCCCUAUGGGGAAUCCAAUACUUUCCGUAUCUGCCAUUUUGAUGAUGUCACAAAGGGGGCGUGGCCAGCACCGGCGGACCCGCUCGGCGCUGGAAAUAAGGCGAGUUUUAAACUUUUAGAGGUGGACUGGGGGCAAGCCACCUAUAUGGUGGGUUAAACACUCUAGGGUCAGGAAUACAUGUUUGUGAUCCUGACCAUAUGGUGUUCCUUUAACAGUAAUCAGGGGGUGUAAGAAAAUCUCACUUAAGCAUCCAAUAAUUAGACAUUGGGAAUGGGACAGUUGCAAAAAUAAAAAAUAUUGCAGGACUGCAGUUUGAUUAACAUGUUAAUUGCAGUUUAAUUAACAUGUUAAUGAUCACCUUUUAACUAUAUGUUUUGCUUAAUCUUAAAGGUUCCAGGCAUCCAGCAUUUCCCAAAAUGCACUGGCAGCCACAAAGAUGUUAAGUGAUUUAUGGAGUAUUAAAGGAAAUGUAGUUUAAAACAUUUGAGAUCUGCAUUUGACUAAUCCCUAUUUAAAUGAAUCCAAAGUAAAGCAAAGCAUCUGUUUGACAGUACCUUGAAGGCUGAUAGUCCCUCCCACCCCCAUCUUCUCAGGCUGCUGUUUGGCAAAACUGUCCUGUGUGAGCCAUGUAGGCUCUUGUACAGUGCAUGAGAAUGAGGGGCAUGUCUUUGAUAGUGCUGCUCUGCUUCUAUGGAGCAACUGACUGGAUCCCAGGGGGAUAAAAUUUGGGAUGCAAAGAAUUAAUGAGAACUGAUGAUCCACUGGUAAAGCAUGCUCUGCUGCCAGCCCCUGGAAUAGGGUGCUUACAAAUGCUCUUCACUACAUAUUUAACCUCCAUUAAUAUGAAUGAUUGUAACAAAGGGUUGUGUUUAUUUCUGUGCAGCAGGUUUGAUAUAUUACUUUAUGGAAGAAUAAAUCUGUUGUGUCUUUUCAAAGGAAAGGAAAAUGUUACUCUUCUGAUUUGUGACAGCCUUAGGCAUUUCUUACAAAUGUUAUAGAAACUCUGGAGUGUUUUUGUUUUUUCUUAAGUAAAAUAUCUAUUGUAUAACAAUAUGCCAUUUAUUUUUGUACAUUGAACAAUGUUCCUGUCCCUGGGGGAAUGCGGUGAAUAUUCUAAUUGUAAAACAUGACAAUUGGUUAAACACAUUAAAAGCAAUCAUCUGAAAUGACGAAACUGCAUGUUUCAGCGCUGCCUUUGUACAGUGUUCGUUACAUUUUGGCAUACUUUUUUUGUGUUUCCACUUUUUCUGUCACUAUUGAACAAUAAAAAACAAUUCUUGUUUAAACUGAUGUUAUGGUAUGUAUGAAUACUUACAGCAGUUAUUUAAUCUGUGAACAAGGUUGGCUCGACUCGGUAGUAGUGUGGGACACAGGAAUCCAUUAAUGCUAAAUCAGACUUUUCUUCCAACUCAUAUAUUUCAGAUAAAUUUAGAAAGGUGGUUUUCA